AUGAACUAUAAAUUCCCACUUCAUGUAGUAAUUUCCUUUCUUUGUUUUUUUUUAUCCCUUUCCAAUAGUUACAUUAUUAAAAACUUUCGUGUGCAAAUUGAAAACAAUUUUUUUUCGUACAGCCAAAAAAACAAAAUUUCUUCACUCAUUUAUUCAUGUUAUAAUCCUUUUUUACAUGAACAUAACAAGCUUAAGAAAAAAGUAUAUCCUUUUAAAAUAUUUGUAAACAAUGAAAAUUUAAAAGAAAAAAGUAAUAUCGAAAAUGGAGAGAGUGUAAAAGUAGUUAAUAUAUUAAAAGAAGACCAGUCAGAUGAAGUACGUGCUGAGAAGGGAUAUAACAGCAGCGGAAACAGCAACGACGAAAAAGAGAAAAACGAACGAUGUGGUGAUAAUAAAAAUAGUGGACUAAUUAUUUAUGAACAAGAUAACUCCAUAAAAAAAAAUAAUAUCCUCGGGAAGGAGCAAGGAAAGGAAAGUUCCCAUAAAGUGAAUUAUACAACUUUGAACGCCCAUUGUAAUGGUGAUUUGAAGGACAAAAAUAAUGGACAGAAUAGAUCCAUAUACGAGCAUGACCGAGGUAGUAAUGUGUAUAAGUCCGAAAAAGAUGAUAUUAACCAUGUAACUGUUGAAGGAAGUAAGGGUAACAGUAAGGAAGAUGUCGAUUAUUACAAGGAAAGUAGUCAAAUUGAUGGUAAAAUGGAGCAAGAGGCAGGGAAAGAGGGAGAGGAGGGGGAAAAUAGCUAUGAAUGCAAAAACCAAGGUAUGAGAAAAACAGAAAAAAAAAAGAAAAUCGAUAUGGAUUUAAAGAUAAUAAGAAAUUUACCUUUAAUAUCAAUUAUAGGGAGACCAAAUGUUGGAAAAUCUACCAUAUUUAAUAGAUUAACUAGAAAAUUUCAAGACGGUAGUAUUGUAUUAAGUGAAAGUAGUACAAGAGAUAAAUUUUAUGGGGAAGUGGAAUGGGAUGGAUACAAAUUUGAAUUGGUGGAUACAGGUGGUCUUCUUUUUGAAGAUGAUAAAUUUACAAAAGAAAUCAGAAAUCAAAUUAUGUUAGCACUAGAAGAGUCUUCCGUUGUUCUACUAGUUGUUGAUGGGUUACAUGGGGUGCAUCCAGUAGAUCAUGAAAUUUGUAGAUUUCUGAGGAAGUAUCUUAAAAAUAAAUAUAAAAAAGAAGUGUCUAAUAUAACACAAAAUGAAGAGAUUAAUUGUUCAUUAUCUAAUGAACAAUUCGUAGUAAAUGAAGAGAUAAAAACAAGUCCAGUAAAAAAGAUAGAUUAUAAUACGUUAGAAAAAAUGGGAAACCAAAAUACUAGUUCCCAUGAUGUAUUAUUUAAAAAUGAGUCUACGAAUGAUACGUUAAUUAAUAUCCCAUUAAAUAACUCCAUUCAUGAGAAUAUAUCAAAUAAAAAUAGUAACGAAACGGACGAGAAAAAUUAUCAUGAUAAAAGUGCACACAAACUGAAUGAUGAACAUAAGGCUCAUAAUAAAUAUAAGACUAAUACUCUGCUAAAAGUUAUUGUGUGUGUUAAUAAAUGUGAAUCGUAUAAAGAUGGUCAAUUUAAAGCUCAGGAUUUUUGGGAGCUAGGAUUCGAUACCCCAUUUGCAUGCAGUGGUAUUCAUGGAAAUGGCCUAUCCGAAAUUUUAGACGAAUGCAUAAAAUAUAUUAAAAAAGUGGAAAUAAAUGAAUUGGAAGAAGAAUUAAAUGAAAAAAACACAAUAAAUAUUAGCUUCAUUGGAAAACCCAAUACAGGAAAAUCUAGUAUAUUAAAUAAAAUUUUAAAUUGUAAUCGUUUUAUAGUUUCCCCUAUAGCUGGUACAACUGUUGAUUCAAUUGAUGUGUUAGUAAAAAUAAAAGAUAGUGAUAGAAUAUAUAGACUUAUUGACACAGCUGGAAUACAGAAAAAAAAGAAGCAUAUAUCAUUUAAUGAAAGAACAAGAUUUGAAUAUCUAUUAUAUAAUAGAACUGAAAAAGCAAUUAAAAGAAGUGAUGUGUGUGUACUUGUUAUUGAUUCAUUUAAUGGGAUUAGUUCACAUGAUAUAAAUAUUGCAAGAAAGAUAUUACAGGAAAAUAAAAGUUGUAUAAUAUGUUGUAAUAAAUGGGAUCUUAUAUAUAACAAAAAUGAUAUAUUUAACGAUACUAAAAAUUAUGUGCUGAAUCUUUUGAAGCCAAUUGAUUUUGCUGAUAUUUUGUUUAUCUCAGCAAAAACAUCACAGAGAUUACCUAAUAUAUUUGAACACGCAGAAGAAACUUAUAAAAAUUAUACAAGGCGAGUAAAUACAAAUAGCUUGAACGCUAUUAUAAAAGAAGCACUGUUACUUAGACCGCCCAUUCCUGUAAAGAAUAAAACCUUAAAUAUUUACUAUGCCUUUCAAACACAUGUUAAACCACCAGGUUUUGUUUUUUUUUGUAAUUCUGAAAAAAGUGCGUAUGUGAAUUAUACAAAAUAUUUAGAAAAUAGGAUACGAGAAACGUUCAAUUUAAAAGGUACUCCAAUUAAAAUUUAUUACAAACAAAAAAGAAAAAGAAAUCUUAUAAAGAAAAUCAAGAAUCCAGAUAAGUACAACUUAGAUAUCGAAGCUAUUCAAAAAAAUUUUACAAAAAUGCAGUCUGAGAAACAGAAAGGGUGA